GCUAACCAUAUAUUCUAGAUCCUGGAGACAUCGUGAUGGUAACGGUCAGCCUUAUAAACCCAGUCUCAACCACUCGAGUAAUUAAAGUUCUUACAUAACCCACGAAACGCGUCCCGUGGCAGUGGUAACGCUCACACAUGAUGCACCGUCCCGCAUCAUGUCAUACUUCGUCGGCCGGUCAUAGGGCUGAAAGCAAUCCCCAUCGCAACAAGCUACUGGAUUUCAACAUCAAGCAUCCAGAUACUGUAUAUAAAGCUAGGCCAUUUUCUUUCCGGCAUAUGGUGCGAGCGAAUGAUCCUGUGCAUGUAAUUCUUUACUCCAUCACGAUGUAUGCUCAUGUAACAUUUGUAUGUUCCUUCUCGGCACAAAUUUGCUCUUUUAGGAUCAGCCUCUGCCACACAAAUCCAUCGCCGCACGUACGGGAAAUCCAGUCUUCAUCGACGGCUGGUACACAUAUGCAUAUGUGCCUUCUGGAAACGCCAAUAGCGCCUUAUGCCGGGUCCGUAUACUUGAUUGCCCCAAUGGGACAGCCGAUAUUCCUAAACGCGGAGCGCCAAACAUGUCAAAUGGGACCAAAUGCGAGGUUGUGACGUCUGUAUUCGGUCAAUUCGAGCAUCAGGACAGCCGCCUGCGUAACACCCGGAUGAAAAUCGCUGCUCAUUUAUGGAAGUGAUAUAUGUACAUCGUCUUCGAAGGAUUCCAAACUCGAAAGAUGUCUGCAUGAUUGAACUGGCCCAUUGCGGCCGGAAAGUGCGGCGUUGCG